AUGCAAUUAGCAUCAAAUGGUAACAAGGAAGAAUGUUCGGAGAGUGAACCCAUCUUGAAUCAGCAUUGCGAUUUGGAAGGAUUUGGAGAACCUCCAGUUUCAUGUGAAAUUACAGAUGCUGUAAGGGAUUUGGCUGUUGAUGAUUUGCAGAAUAUUCAAGUUGAUGAAACAUGUCAUCUGGUAAAUGGAGAUCAGCCACAAUGCCGGAUAUGCCUUGAUAGUGGAGGAGAAGAUAUAAUUGCCCCAUGCCAUUGCAAAGGUACUCAAAAGUAUGUCCACAGAUCAUGUCUUGAUAAUUGGAGAUCUACUAAGGAAGGCUUUGCUUUUUCACACUGUACAGAAUGCAGAGCUGUCUUCAUAUUACGUGCUAAUGUCCCAAAUGAUCGGUGGUGGUUGAGAUUAAAAUUCCAGUUCCUUGUUGCUAGGGAUCAUGCAUUUAUUUUUAUAACUGUUCAGCUGGUUGUUGCAUUCUUGGGAGUGCUUGUGUAAUUUUAUGGGGAUGAGCUGAGAGAAAUGUUUGGUUAUGAAGAGCAUCCAUACGGAUUCUAUACUAUGGCUGUUCUAGCCAUCAUUUUAGUGGGUCUGCUCUAUGGCUUUUUCAUAGCCAUUAUAUGUGGCCAAAGAAUCAAUGAACGCCAUUACCACGUUCUUGCCAAACAGGAAUUGACAAAGGAAUACGUGGUAGAAGAUCGAGAACAUAUAAAGAAUAUACCUGAACUUGAUCCAAGUCACGUGACUGAACUAAGAAUGUUGGGCCUUUACUAAUUGAGCCACGUGGAAUUUGUUACAUUUGCUUCUUGCCUUCAUGGUUCUUCACACAUUUGUGCAUCAUCUUGGUUCGUUGAGAAAGAUGUCAUGUUAAUAUGGCUGUCUGGAUACAAGUUAUUCACUCCUUGAAGUUAGAAAAGAUCUUUCCUCUGUUAACUGUCAGCAAAAUAAACUGAAGGCAAAACCCAGCUCAUAGUUUAUGGGUUACCACAAUACUCAAAUGUACACUAUGUUGAUUCUUUCUUUUAAAUGUUUGUAUUUUACCAAAAAAACACAAAAAUUGUUGCUCAAAAUGUGAUGGCUGUUAAAAAAUUGUCAA